UGAUUGCUGUCGCUGUCGCUUUUGCCCUCGCUCUCGACCUCUCCUUUUCAUAGGCUGUAGUAUAGCCUGGUACAAGAUAGGAUGGAGACCUCGCCUGUCACCACAGGCCUUGCGCUCCUCUGCGCCGUCCUCGGAGUAGCGCUGUGGUCUGUCACUUCGAAGAGCCAAGGCGGCCCCGAUGGCGCUUCGACCAAACGAAACCAACCGACGUCCAAGAACAAGAAGAAAAAGAGCAACCAGAAGAGCAUCUCUUCAAAACAGGAAGGGGUCGACUUAAGUGCUCAAUCGGUGAAAGAAUCUGCUGAGAAGGAGCGGGCACCCACCAGUGAGAAGCGGGUCAAGAAGGAAAAGGGAAAGAAGAGCGCGGUGACGACGGCGGCGAACAAGGUGGAUACAGCCAACGGACUUGACACGGCCCCGCAGCAAGAUGAGAGUCUCGAGCUUUCUCUGGCGAAGAAGGCUCUCAGUCUCCAUGACAUGGCCCACACCAAUGGCUCGGCCACACCUCCCUCUCUAGUUCCUUCUCAGGUCAUUGCGAGUGAGCCAGUGCCUGCCAGCGAGAACGGGACCAAGAAACGCAAGCCCAAGACCAAGAAUGGCGCCGCAAAGACCAACGAUGAGAGAAGGGCCGAGAUCGAUGCCCAUCGGUCGGCCGGCGAGCGCGACCUUGGAGCCGACAUGCUCGAUAGGGAUAUGGAGCCCGAGACUACGUAUACCCGCGUGGCGACCAUCCCGGCUCCCGUCGCUGACUCGACGCCGAGUGCAGUGCCUGCUGAGGAGGGCUGGCAGAGCGUUGUCGGCAAGUUAAAGGCUCCCUCGAAGCCUGCCCAGCUCAGUCGAUCUUUUGAAAACCCCGAUUCGAAUGCCUGGGCAUCUUCGAACCCCUUCGCGGCUCUUCCUGGCUCGGGCGCUGAGCUCCCCUCAUCUGGCCGUGCUACUGGACCCAGCUCCAAUGGCCACGCCAAGGCGACGUCGUCCAGCCUGUCUACGGGACCCGUUCGAAGCGUGCCUGGACACUCGCACGUCAGCACAGAUGCUCCUACGAAGAAGCAGCGACAGAACGCAGCCAAAGCAGCAGCCAAGAAGACGGCCAAGGCGAAUGAGGAAGCCGAGCGUCAAGCUCGAUUGAACCAGCACAAGAGGGAGCUCGAAGCCGAGCGGAUGCGCGAGUUCUACAAGAAGGGAGGCAGCGGCAUGCCCCAGCCCUCGAGCAAAUGGGAGACUGUGGGCCAGCCCAAGCAAUUACCCAAGGCGAGCAUCAACGAAAAGGGCUCCUUGGUCUGGGACUGAGGACCAGUGCUUCCCCUUCGCCAUCUCUCUAAUCGUCUCUUCAUCAUAUCGUCCUCUUUCACUUCAUACCUAGAACACCGUAAAUGUUGUGCUUAAAAACACUCAACAUCUCUAUCGACCAAGCGAAAUGAUCUUCAAAGAGCUACAUCU